GCAUUAUGGUGCUGAGGCAACAAAACUCGCCUGUAGAGUAGGCACAUAUCUCUGAUGCACUAGGCUUUAGGGAGUGUUUCUUCUGAAUGGGAGCUGCAGCUGAGAGAGCUGAAUGGGGUCAAGUGGCGUUUGCCUUUGAUCAGAAGAGUCAGAUAUCCCCAGGGACGUCUUUGCAAUCUUCUGCUUAGCCUGGUAGCUGGGCUUUCUCAGGCCUCAUUUGUCUCCCUGUGACUGAUGUGGUCUUAAUGACAGCAGCUCUGAACCAGCUCCCUGCGCCCUGUGUGCAGAUGGGCUUGUUUUGCAGGCAGCUGGAGCAGCCUUGUCGCCUGUUUCGUACUCUAGGUCUUUCCAGCCCCACCCUCAAACUCCUCACCCCUUAAACACCAACUAUGUUUUCUCUCUCACAGGGUUCUCGGUGGCACAUAGACCUGCAGCCUUGGGCAGGCCCUGCUCAGUCCCUGGAUGAAGAGGCCUUGAGGUUCCUGAGAUAUAUCAGCACCACCCAGAUUGCAUGUGAUCAUGUGAGCACAGACAGCCUGGCUACGGACUCCAGCCCUGCAAAGAAGCCCUGGUCGGUUUGUCUUGAUGACAAGUUUGGCUUAGCUCAUCAAAUCCGCAACAAGCAGUGCCGUCUCUACUCUUUAGGGCUGGGGAGUGAUGAUACCCACUUUGAGGUUAGCAUGGCCAACAAUGGAUGUGAAGUGCAUCGUUUUGAUCCCAGUGUUAAGUCAGCUCACAUUCUGGAGAGUCAGCGCCUCUGGUAUCACCGCUUGUCCAUCGACUGGCGGGACCCCCAUCCGGCUGUUGCUGCCCAAAAACCACAUAGCAACACCAGAAAAUUGGGAACCAUUUUGAAUGAAUUUGGGCAUCACAAGAUUGAUGUUCUCAAAGCAGAUCUGGAGAGUGCAGAAUGGAAAGUUUUGGAAAAUCUUAUUCUGGAAGAUGUCCUUGAACAGAUUGGACAGCUCAUCUUUGAGAUCCAUCUCCACUGGCCCGGGUUCGAGGUCAGCGGCAGCGACAGCAGUGUUGUACGGUUCUGGUACAGCCUCCUCAAAGAGUUAGAACUGAACGAUUUCAGGCUUUUUCACAGUUACAAAGAUUUAUCUAAACCUCAGCUAUUCCUGAAGAAAGACAUUUUCAAUGCAAGUAGCUGUUACACUCUCAGUUGGGUAAAUACAAGGUGGAAAUAGGAUGCAGGGCCUCACAAGGACUCAAGGAGAUAUUUGCAGACUGGAGUACGUCCAUGAUUCUGUCGUUUUACUUGCGCAGCCUCCCUCUGGCCUGUUACCUGCUCGAGGCAGGCGUUGUUAUUGCCUUCGUAGUGCAUGAGCCUGGUGCCUCCACGCGGCAGGGGCGCAGUUAACACUGUUGGAGGGGUGGACACAGGAGUCAGCCUUCCUCCGCCCAGACCCAGACCCAGCGCUUUGCUGUCUGCCUCUGACCGAGCAGGAUGCUUGUCUUCCUUCACCGUGAUUUGGAAGAUAAUCCCCCACUUCAGUUUUCUCUAAAAUUCAUUAUAUAGCUAUAGUCCAUGAAUUCACCAACAUGAAAAAGAAAAUUACAUACAUUUUCCAUUUUUACUGGGUUGAUGAGAUUCUUCAGUGUGUAGCCUGCUGUUUAAAAUAGGACUUUCCAUUGACUGGAACUCACCUCUUUCAGGCUCUUCUUGCUCACCUCGUCAGUAACGUCCUUGACGCCUUGCAGAUUUCAACCAUUCCUCCUUGGCCUGUGCCCAGGCCACGCCAUGGUUUUAUAAGAACACCGAUUCCAGUAUCUGGGAACUGAGACACACCAGCUUCUGUCACUGAGUUUAAGACUAGGCCAUCAAAAGUUGCAACUCAGCAUUCUUUCCAUAGCAGCCUUAAAUCACCAUCUGUUCCUAUGAACUAAGCACAAAGCAGAAUUUGAGUGUCUUAUUGUUGCCUCUUUGGACUUCAGACCUGAUUUCUCAACCACAGACUCACCUACACUGUCAGUUCAUUUAAAAAAAAAAUACAUUAUCUCAAGGAUUAAGUGAGUUUUCUUUACUGCCAAUUGGUAUUUGGUUUAAGUCUGAGGUCUGAGGAACAGAGUCUCUUUCCUAGGAUGGUUACAUCAUGUUUCAAUAGCACCAAUCCUUAUUACUUUUUAAAAAACUAUUAAGCAGAAAAUGCAGGUUCUAAAUAGUUCAAAUCACCCUUUUCUAUUUGCAGGAUUAGACAUUUACUCAUGAAUAAUUUUCAAAAAUCCUAUUUCAAAUAAAUUAAUUACAUAGUAUAAAAUAAACCAAAUUAUCACUUUAUUAUGUUAAAUAUAUUUUUCUGACACUUUUUAUAUCCUGACAGAGCAGGAAAACCAUACAUACAUGUUUGUUCAAGAAAUUUGAGGAGGGAAUAGAAUAAUGAUUACUACUAAAUUUUGUUCCUGGUUUUUUAUCUACUUCUACCCCAGACAUUCCCUGGGUUGGCUUUUUAUUUCUUGCAGUGGUUUGAAAAUACCAUUCCUCAAGUGAAAAACCAAAAUAUAUUAGAGUUGGAUGGUCUCACUAGCUUGGGUUGAAAAGAAACAAGACUUUCUGAAUUAGUGAUGAUUUUAAAAAAGAUAAAUGAGGUUUCUAUUUUAAAACCCAUAGUACACUAAUAAAAGUCAUUGAGGUAGGAAGACCAGCUUGAAUAUGUGUGAUUUGUAAUAGCAGUUCAGUUGCUUUUAUUGUCCACAGGAAUUUCAGAAGUACAAAGGGUCCAUAAAAACUCUGAAGUUAUACUGUUGGUUUGCAUGGCGUAGCCUCCAAAUUUUAGUCCAGUUCCUGUUUGGAUUAUAUCACAGAUUCUCCUUUAUUUUUUUCAUAAAAAUUUUAUACACUGAAGCAUAUACAAUAAACCUUUUUAUACAUUAAACUUUUAAACCUCCUUGUACACUAAAGUAUGAAGGAUACUGAUCUUAAGUGUCCAGAUAUGUACACACCCAUAUCAAGAUUUUUAAUUCAAAGACUUAUGCCAUUGCUGAAAGCCCCCUUUGUACAGGGCAAGUUACCAUUUAUUCCAGAUUGAUGGCACAGGACAUUGACUUCAUUACACUACAUAUAUAUCUGAAACAAGAAUGGGUGUACUGUUAAAAAAAAAAAGACAAACUCAAAAUAAAUCACACACCCACCCACUCACUCCCACCUACUAGGCAGCCUGUUCAAUAGUUAUUUGUACUUAUUCUAUGCUUAUUUCUGAAGCCGUCCUUCACUCCCUUUAUAGAGAGUUUGAAAUUUAUGAUGAAUUUUCUGAUGUUGCUAUGGUUUCCCUGCCUCUAGAAUUUAUUAUGCUUAUUUUAUUGGCCAGGGUUUCUUAGCCUCAGCACUACUGCCGUUUCAGGCUAGAUGACUCUUUGUAGGGGGAGGGAGGGCUGUUCUGUGCAUUGUAGGAUGUUUAACAGCAUUUCUAGUCCCCCGCACUAGAUGCCCGAUGGUGCCAGAUGUCCCCUAGGGGGCAGAAUCCCCCACCAUGGAGGACUGGGGUAGGCCAUGAGAAACAGUCUAGGUUAUCACAGCACUGGUGUUGGGGAGAUCCUACUGAUGAAGAGCAGGCAAAACCACCACAAAGAACACAAACAAAAUACAAACAAACAAAAUCCAGGGCUAGUAUUUAUUGAGCACUUACUAUGUGCCCAGUACUGUCAUAGAUUAUUCCUGAUUUUCCCAACAACCAUCCGAAGUGUAAUUUUCCCAGUGACAUGUACAGGUAAGGAAACUCCAAGAGGUUGAAUAGUUUAUUCAGAUCAUUCUACUAGUAGAUGGUGGGGCAGGAAUCCUCAUCUCGGUCUGUCGGGUCCCCAAGCCCAUGCUGGUCCCUCCACAAUGCUGCCUCAACAGCCUCUAGCGAAUGUAAGAUGCUUCUUUGUAAGGAUGUAUUUUUGCCUUCCUUUUAGUAAAUGGGGAAAAAGCUAUAAAUAUAUAAAGACUGGACCUGCAAAUCUGUUUGAGUUGGAGUUAUUUUUGUAGCAUGCAGGUUUAAUUCAAAUAACCUACUUAAAAUAUGCCUGCCAAAUGGAGGCUUACUGAAAAAAUACGGGGGCCCAACAAAUUCUCCGUCAAUAUAUUCAAGUUACCAGAAUAUAUUCUUACAAAGCCUUGGAAGUGACUCUUGGUCCCUGGCUCAUCCCAAAACUUGGCACUUUCCUCCUGGGUUUUAGAAAGGGCACAGGCACUUGGAAGCGCAUUGUGAGUUCCCUUUGUCAAACUAGUUUUCGAUCUAGUUAAAUGAGCCCCGAUGUGAAUAUCUGUGACAUAAUGAAUUCUUACUAGAGCAAUGUUCAUAAAUGAAUCUGAAAAAAACCCCCACAAAUUUAAUAUGCUCUUAUCCAACGAUUAAAAAAAUCCCUGUUCUUUUUCCAGGUGAAAAACAUAUGAGGAUGUAAGAUUUAGAGGUCACCUUUUAGCACAAACUCUGUUACAACCUGAGACUAAGGUCAAAGAAAAACAAUUUUCCCUUUCCCCUUUCUUAGAGUGAUUGCAUUUGGUGAAGUUAUUCUAGGUUAUCAUAUAAAUAUUUGUAGCUGUUUGACAUGCUCAAGUGAAGGGAGCCAGGGAGAAGUAAACAAACUUCCAUUAGAAUUGACUGACGGUCCAUUAAUAUUUACAUCAGGGUAGAGCGAAAGUAAAUACAUGAAUUUACCGUGUUUAGUUCAGAUCGGCUAUUCAUGUAAGCAUUUCUGCCUUGGCUGUAAGAGUUUAGUACAUAGUAAAUACAGUACAAAAUUUGCAUUUCCUAAGUAUUACCUGUUUGGAUUUUGCAAAGCUUGGAUUUAUACCAGAAAACAAGCCUCAUCAUAUUUUGCCGGGUUAAAAAUUAAGGCCUCACUUAGACAGAUUAUUGUACUUGACAAUACAAUGGCAGCUCCAAACUCAAUUAAUAUAAUUGUUCUCUUCUUCUGGAUAUAAAUCUGUGUUUGCCUUUUAAGCAAUAACAUAAUUCUUUUGUAUUAGCCAAUUGCUGGCUUUUUGUGAAUUCAAUAAAACAUUUAAACUUCUGC